AUGAGGAUUGCGGCAUGGACGAUCUUCUCGUCGCUCUUGGUAGCGGCGGCCAGUGCACAACUUUCAGCCGGCCACGACGCCAGCUCGUCUUCCGUGCUUCUCGAAUCGCGCAACAUUGCCUCUACGACAGGCAGCGCUUUGCAACUCGAGCCGCGCGACGAGGAAGUAGAGAUUGACGUUGAGGAGGAGGAUGAAGAGGAUGUCGAAGGCGAUGCGAUCGAGGCGCGUGGUCGACGAAAGCCGCACCACCGCAACCACAAACACUCGCGUGCGGGCCGCAAGAAGAAUAAGCACAAAGCGCAUCACGCCGUGCCGUCCCCCGCCGGUGGCAAGGGCAAGUUCCACGGCAAGGGAACGUUCUUCAAGCCCAACCAGGGAAGCUGCGGCAAGUGGAACACGGUCAACGACCACAUUGUCGCGCUCUCGUCCGACAUCUACCAGGGCGGCUCACACUGUUUCAAGAGCGUCAAUAUCUGCCACGGUUCCAAGUGCGCCAAUGCAUACGUGGCCGACCUGUGCCCUGGAUGCAAAAAGACGAGCCUCGAUAUGACUCCCUCGCUGUUCAAGGAGCUCGCCGAUCCCAACCUGGGCGUCAUCGACAUUCAGUGGUCCUUUACCUCUUGA